AAGAAAAGGGCUGGCGGCCCCAGAGCGAGCGGUCACGUGCCUGGGAAGAUGGCCGUCUUUCCCUGGCACUCCAGGAACAGGAACUACAAGGCCGAAUUUGCGUCAUGCCGGUUGGAGGCCGUGCCCUUGGAGCUUGGGGACUAUCACCCGCUGAAACCCAUAACUGUCACGGAGUCAAAGACGAAGAAAGUGAGCCGCAAAGGAAGCACUUCUUCGACAUCCUCGUCGUCCUCCAGCUCCGUGGUGGACCCGCUGAGCAGCGUCCUGGAUGGGACCGACCCCCUGUCCAUGUUCGCAGCCACUGCUGACCCCGCGGGCAGGGCGGCCGUGGCCACGGACAGUUCCCGAAAGAAACGUGACCGAGAUGAGAACUCCGUGGUCGGAUCAGAUUUUGAGCCUUGGGCCAGCAAACGAGGAGAGAUCCUCGCCCGCUACACAACCACAGAAAAACUCUCUAUCAAUCUAUUUAUGGGAUCUGAAAAAGGCAAAGCCGGGACGGCCACAUCCGCGAUGUCCGAGAAGGUCCGGACCAGGCUGGAGGAGCUGGAUGACUUUGAGGAGGGCUCCCAAAAGGAACUGCUGAAUUUGACUCAACAGGAUUAUGUGAACCGCAUAGAGGAGCUCAACCAGUCGCUGAAGGACGCUUGGGCCUCGGACCAGAAAGUGAAGGCUCUAAAAAUAGUCAUCCAGUGUUCAAAGCUUCUUUCGGACACCAGUGUCAUUCAGUUCUACCCAAGCAAAUUUGUGCUCAUCACCGACAUACUUGACACAUUUGGAAAGCUCGUGUACGAGCGCAUCUUUUCCAUGUGCGUGGAUAACCGCAGCGUCUUACCAGAUCACUUCUCUCCAGAGAAUGUAAAUGACACGGCCAAAGAAACAUGCUUAAAUUGGUUUUUCAAGAUCGCUUCCAUCAGGGAACUCAUUCCAAGAUUUUACGUGGAAGCGUCCAUCCUGAAGUGUAACAAGUUCCUCUCCAAAACGGGGAUUUCGGAAUGUCUGCCCCGCCUGACGUGCAUAAUUCGAGGGAUCGGAGACCCGCUGGUGUCCGUGUACGCCAGGGCCUAUCUGUGCCGGGUGGGAAUGGAAGUGGCGCCACAUCUCAAAGAAAGCCUCAGUAAGAACUUUUUUGACUUCCUCCUGACGUUCAAACAGAUUCAUGGGGAUACAGUGCAGAACCAGCUGGUGGUCCAGGGAGUGGAGAUGCCGUCUUACCUCCCCUUGUACUCGCCUGCCAUGGACUGGAUCUUCCAGUGCAUUUCCUACCACGCCCCCGAGGCUCUGCUAACCGAGAUGAUGGAGCGAUGCAAAAAACUAGGAAACAAUGCCUUGCUGUUGAAUUCCGUGAUGUCAGCCUUCCGGGCUGAGUUCAUUGCCACAAGGUCCAUGGAUUUCAUUGGCAUGAUUAAAGAGUGCGAUGAGUCCGGUUUCCCCAAGCAUCUCCUCUUUCGCUCAUUGGGACUAAACUUGGCCUUGGCUGAUCCUCCCGAAGGUGAUCGCCUUCAGAUUCUCAAUGAAGCUUGGAAAGUUAUCACUAAAUUGAAGAAUCCACAGGACUACAUUAACUGUGCCGAAGUGUGGGUGGAGUACACGUGCAGGCAUUUCACGAAACGAGAGGUGAAUACCGUUUUGGCAGAUGUCAUCAAGCACAUGACUCCAGAUCGUGCAUUUGAAGACUCCUACCCUCAGCUUCAGUCAAUAAUUAAGAAAGUGAUCAGCCACUUCCAUGAUUUCUCAGUUCUUUUCUCGGUGGAAAAAUUUCUGCCAUUUCUGGACAUGUUCCAAAAAGAGAGCGUGCGGGUGGAGGUUUGCAAAUGCAUCAUGGAAGUUUUUAUCAAGCAUCAGCAAGAGCCCACCAAGGACCCCGUCAUCCUGAACGCCCUUUUGCACGUUUGCAAGACCAUGCAUGACUCCGUGAAUGCACUCACUCUCGAGGAUGAGAAAAGAAUGCUGGCAUAUUUGAUUAAUGGGUUUAUAAGAAUGGUGUCCUUCGGCCGUGACUUUGAACAACAGCUAAGUUUUUACGUUGAGGCCAGGUCGAUGUUUUGCAAUCUGGAACCCGUUCUUGUGCAGUUGAUUCACAAUGUGAACCGCUUGGCAAUGGAAACAAGAAAAGUAAUGAAAGGGAACCAUUCCAGAAAGACGGCUGCGUUUGUCCGGGCCUGUGUCGCCUACUGCUUCAUCACCAUCCCCUCCCUGGUGGGCAUCUUUGCGCGCCUCAAUCUCUACCUGCAUUCUGGCCAGGUGGCCUUGGCCAACCAGUGCCUCUCCCAAGCUGAUGCCUUUUUCAAAGCCGCUAUCGGCCUCAUUCCAGAAGUUCCAAAGAUGAUAAAUAUCGAUGGGAAGAUGCGGCCAUCGGACUCAUUCCUUCUGGAAUUCCUCUGCAAUUUCUUUUCUACUUUAUUAAUAGUUCCGGAUCAUCCCGAACACGGGGUCCUGUUUCUUGUUCGAGAGCUUCUCAACGUGAUCCAGGACUACACCUGGGAAGACAACAGUGACGAUAAAAUCCGCAUCUACACCUGCGUCCUGCACCUUCUGUCUGCCAUGGGCCAGGAGACCUACCUCUACCACGUAGAUAAAGUCGACUCCAAUGACAGCCUCUACGGGGGAGACUCCAAGUUUCUGGCUGAAAACAACAAGCUGUGCGAGACGGUGAUGGCGCAGAUCCUGGAGCAUCUGAAGACCCUGGCCAAGGACGAGGCCCUAAAGCGCCAGAGCUCGUUGGGCCUUUCCUUCUUUAACAGUAUCUUGGCCCAUGGGGACCUGCGCAACAACAGGCUUAAUCAGCUCUCAGUCAACCUGUGGCACCUGGCUCAGAGGCAUGGCUGUGCGGACAGCAGGACCAUGGUGAAAACUCUGGAAUACAUCAAGAAACGGAGCAAACAACCAGAUAUGGGUCAUCUGACUGAGCUGGCGCUCAGGCUCCCUCUGCAAACGCGGACCUGAACCUGGGACCUCUCCCCAGGAGCUCUGGUGCCAAGUCCAAAAAGACCUGCGUUUUUAGAUUUUAUUUUUACACGUGUACCAUUGGUUUAAGCUUUGGCCUCUACACAGGAUUAUUCUGACAGUGAAGAAGUGGGAAAGGUCAGAGCAUUAAGGUCCAGUCUCGUUCACUGAGCAGCUGAACGCAAGUCACAUCUUUCUUUGUGGUGUCUUUAAUUGAAAAAAGAACCGUGCAAAGCGCUUCAUUUUUUAAAAGCUACUGUUUUCCUCUCCCUAUUGCAAGGGUCUCAAGUCUGGAAUUAAAUGUUCCCUGCACCACCUUGGAGCAUUUAUAAAAGGCAGAUAGCUCAAAUAAUUCCUUUUUCUAUUAAAAAGCAGCUCUUGACUAGACUUAGAAUAUAUCCUGUGACAGAAUAGACCUGAAGAGAAUAUAUCCUACAAUGGAAUGAACCUCCUGAAGGAGUAUUUAUGUUCAUGGCUGUUCUUUUAAUUACCCGAUUCUCUUCAUCCAGAAGAAAGCGAAUGUAUCUCAACAUAGUGUCUGGUUUGCUGUGCAACCAUAUUUCUAGACAGCAUGGGAUUCUAUUUUUCUUACUACCAAUUUGAUGGAAUCUGAUUAUUACUUAUGAGCUUCCACUGACAUUUUAUUUUGAAUCAGUAAGAACAUUAAUAGUGAUUGGCGGGGACUCCAGCCUAGAACCCUUUGUUCAGGAAAAUGCAUCCAAGUUGUAGAAUAAAACUGCCCCCAAACUAUUGUACUUGUGGAAGGUAUACAGUAGACAGAGAUUACAUUUCAUCUCUACCUGCCCUAUGAAAUGCAUGAUUACAGUUCACAUGUUAAUCUCAGUAAAAGUGCCUAAGAUAAUUUUUGAAGACAAAUUUAUGUGAACUAAUUUUUUUCUUUUUUAAAGAUUUUAUCGGGGAAGAGGAACAGAACUUUAUUGGGGAACAGUGUGUACUUCCAGGACUUUUUUCCAAGUCAAGUUG